AUGGACGGCGGUCCUCUUUGUAUCUGCGACAUUUGCUGUUCUGAAGACGCUUCAGAAACCUCUGAAAACUCACCACCGCAGACGCCAAGUCACGAUUCAGAACAAAGGAAAGAAGAUCUCGAUGAAGAUUAUAACCAACGGUGCACUAGCCUCAUUGAGACCGAAGAGGAUGGGGAAAAAUUGAAACAAACUUUGGAUCGGGGGGAUGAUCUCUCUCAGAAUGAAUUCAGACAAGUAGAGAAGAGGAAGUUUGGGCGGAUUUCGGACGAUGCAUGUGAAGUUACGGGGACGAAAAUCGAGGAAAUGGAGAGACUUGCGGAGCGGUGUAAAUUCUGCAUGAAACGUAUGUCAACGGGUGAACUCGGCAGCGGCAGCUGUAGCGACUGUGAGAUUGAUGACGAUGAAAAUGAUUUGAGAGAAGUUGAUGGUGUUGAACAAGAGGAUGGAUGCCAUGAUAUCUGCGACGAUGAUUGGGAAUGUUCUGCUGAAGAGUUGGAAGCGGCUUUUUGUGAAGAUGAGGAGCUUUCCUGUUUGUUCCACGGCGAUUGUGAAAAUAUGAUGGAGUGUUGUAUGUGA